AUGGCGGAGGACAAGAAGUCACUGAAACUCAAGAGAAGGGGAGCGAAGGCCAGGUUUACACGACACAGCAAUGGUCUUCAGAUGUUGCUCGACAACAACCGAGUAGAGCCAGAGGUUCAAUCUGCAUUUGACAAAGUUGAGCAAGCAUUUGAAGCAUUACAAGAAGCGCAUGAAAAUUUCGCUUUGACUCUUGAUGAUGAUGCUGAGUUUGAGACAGAGGAGCAGUGGAUAAAUGAUUGCCAGAAGGAAUUCAUGGAACUACAGAUAACGGUCACUGAUUACUGUUCUCAAACAAGCCCAGACGUUAAGACACCAGCAGAACAAGUAUCAUCACAGUUUGAGAUGCCGCCGGUAGAGAGAGAGGCUUCUACACCACCGGAGUCUACAAGUGCGCCUCCACCUCCAGAUCAGAGUCCAGACACUUCUCCAAGCAUGGCAGCUGCCAGGUGUAGUUUUAAAGUGGAGAAGCCAAAGUUGCCCAAGUUUGCUGGAGAUGUUCGGGACUAUGAGAUAUUCAAGUCAGACUUCAUUCACAUGGUUGAAUCGCAGUAUGGAAAACGUGAUGCCAUGACAAUCUUGAGAAGCUGUCUAGUGAGCCGUGCACAUGAUAUUAUCCAAGGGAUAGGAAGUGAUUAUGACACGGCAUGGGAGCUCUUGGACUCUAUGUAUGGCGACCCCAGAAUCGUAGCAGAUACUAUCAUCAAUGACUUAACCAAAUUCAGACCCUUGAAGGAAAACGAGGAUAAUAGAUUUUGUGAAUUGGUUAAUCUUGUAAGAAGAAGCUACAACAUCCUCAAGCUUGUGGGGAAGAAGAGCGAUAUGGACAACAGUCAUAUGCUAGCCACCAUAGAAAGAAAGAUGUGCCCUAAUGACAGAAAGAAUUGGUUUAGAUACCAAGAAACAGAGAAGCAAACUGCAGGUCUUCAAACUUUGUUGACAUGGUUAAACCUAGAAAUGAAGGCACGAAUUAGAUCUUCAGCGCCAUUGAGAUCCCAAAGCGAAGGCCGUUCAGCAAACGUCAACCAAAUGUCAAUGAAAGAGAAGAAUAAACCAGCCUACAGUGAUAGACGUCAUGAAGAUCAGCCACCGGACCGAAUUCAAAGACAACAUCGAUGCUGGUAUUGCAAGACGGAUGAACACUGGAUCGAUCAGUGUAAGCGCCUGACAUCUAUGGGUGCCCCAGAGAGACUUAAGUUCUUCAAAGAAAACAGAUGCUGCUUUAGCUGUUUGAAAAAAGCAGGGAAAAAUCACUUCAUGGCAAACUGCAGAAGAAGGCAGAGGUGUCCAGAGCAAGGGUGUACUUACUACCAUCAUCCUUUGCUUCAUAUGGAAGUGGGUCACCAAUCAGAGAAUGAGAGCAGUAAAAACAACGUUAACGUUGCAACUACUGUCGGAGCUUCACUUCUGCCAAUCCUAACCAUAGACAUUGCCAGUGAUUUACAGACAAGAGCAAAUGUUCUGCUAGAUAGCGGCUCACAAGUUAGUUUGAUCAAGAACUCACUAGCAGAGAAACUCCACUUGACUGGUACCAGAACUAGAAUCACCAUUAAAAAACUUGGUGAAGUUGAGGAAGAGUUGGAGACAUUCAAAUACAAGUUGCCGAUUCGGGAAGCGAAUACAUCCAAGAAACAUCAGUUCAUCAAAGUUGUAGGUGUACCUUCAAUCACGGAGGAAGAAGCUGUAAGUGUGAAAGACCUAGCAGAUCAGUUCGAUAUUCCCAACCUGAAUCGAGAUAGUGGACCUGUAGAAGUUCUGAUAGGCGUUGACUAUCCAAGAUACAUUGUAGGCGGAAAACUGAAGAAGAGAAAAAACUGUAUCGCAAGAAAGACUCCGUUAGGAUGGGUAAUCUUCGGCGGCACAGACAAGAGAACCAUUUGUGUGAAUGUGCUACAUGUCGCAGUCCAGAACCCCGAUCUGUCAGAAUUUUGGCGACUGGAAUCACAAGGGGUAGGUUGUCAGUGCCAAGAGACUACCAAGCUAACCAAGCAAGAACAGAUAGAGGAAGAAAUCAUCAGAGCUUCUUCGCAGAAUAAAGGAAAGAAAUGGGAGAUAGCCUAUCCAUGGCAACGGGAUCCUCAUGAACUCCCAGAUAACAAAAGUCAAGCAGUGAAAAUACUGGAGUCUACUGAGAAGAGACUUGCUAGAAAUCCAGGGCAUGCAGAGGCCUAUAACAAGCAAAUUCAUGAACUGGAAGAAAUGGGAUUUGCUAAGAAACUAACAGCAGCAGAUAUCAAGAAUUAUGAAGGGCCAGUUCAUUACAUAUCACACCAUGCGGUUGUGAGGCCAGAAAAGAAGAGCACCCCUCUCCGAAUAGUCUUCAAUUCAUCAGCAUCAUUCCAAGGUCAUCGAUUAAACGAGUACUGGAUGAAAGGCCCUGAUCUCCUGAACAAUCUGAUUGGAGUACUUCUGAGAUUCAGGGAAAACAAAGUGGCCUUAUGCGGGGAUAUAUCUAAGAUGUAUCAUCGAGUAUCAAUCCCAGAGAGUGACCAACAUGUUCACAGGUUCCUAUGGAGGGACAUGGAUGAGCACAGAGAACCUGACAUCUAUAUGAUGAAAGUUGUCACGUUCGGUGACAAACCUGCACCUGCGAUAGCCCAGACUGCCCUUAAGCUUACAGCAGAGCAAGGAGAGAGUACACAUCCUCAGGCAGCUUCUGUUUUAAAGAGGAAUGUGUACAUGGAUGAUAUUUGCGACUCUGUAAGGACUGUAGAUGAAGCCAGGAAACUCAGUGCCGAGAUGGAUGAAGUGUUGAAUGAAGGUGGCUUCAAGGUCAAAGGGUGGAUUUCUAAUGAAUCAGAUGUCGGAGACCUCACCCAGGGAAAGAUGAAAUUGUUGGAUGAGAUAGCUGAAGAGAAGGUCCUUGGAGUAGUUUGGGACAGAGAAAAUGACACCUUCUCUUACAAAGUAAAGCUGAAAGACAGUGUAAUGAGAUCAGCAACAGAUGGAGAGAGUCAAGAAAAAUUGACUAAGAGAAAGAUCCUUGGUCAGAUUGCCCACAUAUUUGACCCCAUAGGAUUUGCUGCACCAGUGAUUGUUAGAGCAAAGAUAGGUAUGCAGAAAUUGUGGCAGAGAGGCUACAACUGGGACGAUCAUCUUUCACCAGAAGAAGAUGCUGAAUGGAGGCUUCUGUUUGAGGAAAUGAAAGGAUUGAAUGGAGUAUCACUAGAAAGAUGCCUUACUCCUCCUGAUGCUCAAGGCAAGCCAGUGUUGUGCAUUUUCUCUGAUGCUUCCGAAAUUGCAUAUGGUGCUUGUGCAUACCUGAGAUGGCAAACCAGAGAUGACAGGUAUGAGACUCGCUUCAUUGCAUCAAAGUCAAAGGUAGCACCGUUAAAGGCAUUGACAAUACCGAGAUUGGAAUUACAAGCUGCCGUGUUAGCUGCCAGACUUUACAAGUCAAUCACCGAAGAGAUGAGACUAUAG